UUACUGAUGUCCUGAAACGCACCAAUCAGAAGCGGAACGAAGUCAAGUCAGCUGAUUAGUCUGGAUUCUUGGCGUGACACGAUUGGAUAGCUGGCGAGCUUGAGUUGUUUACUUUUUUUGCUAGUCAUAUUUCCUCUCUUCUUUCUAACUGUACACGGUCACAGUAGGCUUUCGUUAUUUGUGAAACUGACACACUUCAAAACGGAAUGAGUACUACCAUUAGCACCCAACGAGGACAGGUAUACAUUGGGGAGUUGCCCCAAGACUUCCUGCGUAUUACUCCCACCCAGCAGCAGCAACAAGUUCAGUUGGAUGCCCAAGCAGCGCAGCAGUUGCAGUAUGGGGGAUCCCUGGGCACUGUAGGACGGCUUAGCAUCACUGUAGUGCAGGCCAAGCUAGCUAAAAACUAUGGUAUGACACGCAUGGACCCUUACUGCAGGGUCCGACUAGGGUAUGCUGUUUAUGAAACACCCACAGCCCAUAAUGGUGCCAAGAAUCCACGAUGGAACAAAGUUAUCCAGUGCACUGUCCCACCUGGAGUAGACUCCUUCUACCUGGAGAUCUUUGAUGAGAGGGCAUUCUCCAUGGAUGACAGAAUUGCAUGGACACACGUCACCAUCCCAGAAGGCCUGAGAGAGGGCAGUGUGGUUGAUGAGUGGUACAGCCUCAGUGGCAGACAAGGCGAUGACAAGGAGGGCAUGAUCAACCUGGUCAUGUCUUAUGCUAACAUGACAGCAGGUAUGCAUAUGUCUCCACCCGUUGUCCUCAUGCCCACAGUCUAUCAGCAAGGGGUAGGAUACGUACCCAUUGCAGGAGUGCCCACUGUAUACAACCAGGGAAUGGUGCCCAUGGGUAUGCCUGCAGCACCCACAGUCGCCCCACAAGAAGCUCCCUGUAGUGAGGAGGAUCUUAAGGCACUGCAGGACAUGUUCCCCAAUCUGGACAGGGAAGUGAUCCGCACUGUAAUUGAGGCCCAGCAAGGUAACAAGGAUGCCGCCAUCAACUCUCUGCUGCAGAUGACAGAAGAGCUGUAACAGUGGAGCCACAAAUAGAGCCACUGUGGCGGCCAGAACAUUGCCCAUUCACAGCAACAGCACCCUGCACAGUUUGUAAAUAUGCACUCAGGCCUCCGAGCUCUCAACUGUCACUCACACUAAAUAAAAUCCAGCCGUUUUCAACCAUAAGCAGAUGUCCAUAUCUGAGGUGUCACACAUGUAUACAUCUGUAUACAUUACCAUCCGUAUUAUGAACCAAUGUAUAGCUUUGUUCCCAGUCCACAUCUGGGAUUGGGACAAAUUGGUUUCCCUACUGAUAAGUGCUGUGAUGGCUGGUUGGCUUCUCAAUUUUACAUUCCACUUUACUCAGAAUUAUGUACAAUUAAUGUUGAUGCAGUGCGAUGUAGGGGUAAUGAAAGGAAUUGAUCCUCCAGAAGCUUUAGAUCUUUGAGAUAGCAGUUGUUGUGAGACAUUGUUGAGAGCUCCCUAGCCAGUCUUCUCUGUAUAUGUGUAUUCACCAGUACUGUCUUGAGCUUAUCUGUGUUUGAUAGAUUGAUAUAUAGAUAUAUCUCAAUCAAUCUGUAUAAAUAUAGUUAUAUAUAUUCAAAAGAUGAUACAUUAUGAAGACAAGAGAUUUAGGUAUGCAGCGGUUCAGAGCAGAAAGAGGACUUAUCACAAUAUAACAAACCGCGAUGACUUAGAUGUCCAAAUCCUCACAUAGCCACACAGCCAAUGCCUAUCAACCUCUCAAAUGUUAAGGUUAAUUUGUCACCAUUCCACUACUCUAGAUAAUGCCAGAUGAUUUUGUACUUCUCCUACCAAAAAUGCCUCUCCAAAUGUUUCUAUAUCACUGGUCAGUGGUUGUUAACUAUGAUGGAAGAAUAUAUCAUGGUAAUCCAAUAUCAAAUAAUGACAUGGUAAUAUAAAGUUAUUGAAAUCAGUGAAGAAAUAAACAUAUUACUGAUAUCAUCCUUUCCCUUCAACCUAUCUGAAUUCACUGGCUUUAUUGCAAAUUGUUAUAGGCUGUGAAAAUCCCUGCUGGAUUAAUAAAUACAAUGGUGUGCAGAACCAAGUAACAUGAUAUUCAGAAAAUUGAUAUACGUUGGUAUGAUUAUCAUACAGAUAAAAUGUAAUGUCCUCCCACCACCUUAUAUAGGCCCACACAUAAAGUGGAGACUUGUAAAGAUCCAUUGACAUGAGGAAUUGAAUGUUUGCGUCCACACAAAAAGGUCUGAUUUUAACAUGGGGUUUUCAUUUUAUAUUUGUAUUCCCUUAAUCUUCAAAGAUGUGCAUAUAUUUUUCCAAGGAAAGAUCCUCUGUUUUGGUGUGAUUCAUUAAAGAAUAUAUAUAGUUAUUUUCCUUUAUGCCUAGGCCAUACUCCAUGAGUGUCAUACAAUAUGUCAAAAUUCUUCAGGUUUAAAUUUCAAAUAUAUAUUUUUCAGUGAUCCCAAUUCUGUGUGCACUUAUGUUUGAUUGAUUGCUCUAUCCCCUCUUGAUUUAACAAGUUCCUGUUUACCUUCCACUUUCGUGAAGACACAGCAAAUACUUUCAUUUUAAAUGUUAGGUUUUCUUCUCUGUUUUCCCCCGUACUUGUCCCAUUCUCAUAGACCUAUUUUGAACAUGAUUGUGUCAUGUUUAGCCAGGCAUCUGUAUAACUCCUAACACUUCCAACGUUUAGCCAUGCUACUUAUUUGUUGGUGGUAGUCCAUAAGUAAAUGUACCUUCCUAAGCUAAAGAGACCAUAACAUUUCUUUCACUUUUACAGUGCUUUUAGAUCAAUGUGCACAAGGAUGUUUGAAGGCACUCUAGCGGAAGUUAGGAAGGUUGUUCUGAUUCUGUUGCAAUGGAAUGGCAAGGCUACGUGCUACAGCAGUUUAAUGGGUUAUUUGGUUUGAAUGUACAAAACUUUUUUGCCAUCAAAUUAUGUUUCCAAUUUGACAUUUGCUGUUGUUUCUUUUACUCAUGACACAUUAUGGAAAUAAAUGUUUUAUCUGCA